GUUAGAAUCUCGGGAAUUGAAAUGUCAACCUUUUUUUCUUGGAUAUAAAAAAAGAGUAUUUGAUUGUUUAUUAGCUUGUUCCUUGAUCCCUCUUUUUUUCUUUUUAUCUCUCUCUUUUUUUUAAAAAAAAAAAAAAAAAUCCGGGUCUUUGGCCACGAAUCAAAUCAUCUUUUAAAUAUCAAUUAUAACACUUAUUUCAGCAUCAUGACAGAUCCUAUAGAAAAAACCCAAGUGGGUGAUCAAACCAUAGUUGAAAGUGCUGAAAGCUUUGCCUCGGUCGAAUUUGAAGAAACUACCAAGAGCCAUACGUUACAGCGUAACCUCAAGGCCCGUCAUAUUCAAAUGAUUGCUUUGGGUGGCACGAUUGGUACUGGUCUAUUCAUGUCUUCAGGUUCUGCCAUUUCAAGUGGUGGUCCUGGUGGUGCACUUGUAGCCUACGGUAUCAGUGGUCUGAUCGUAUACUGUGUCAUGAUGGGUUUAGGUGAAAUGGCUGCCUAUAUUCCUGUGGCUGGUUCCUUUUCUCAUUUUGCUACUCGUUUUGCUGAUCCCUCUCUUGGCUUUAUGGUUGGCUGGAUCUACUGGGCUAAUUGGGCCAUCGGUGUUGCUCUUGAAUUGACAGGUGUCGGUAUGAUCAUGGAAUAUUGGGUCAAGAAUGUCAACACAGUCGUCUGGAGUAUUGUCUGUCUUGUGAUUCUCGUCUUGAUCAACGUUGUCUCUGUCAAAGGUUAUGGUGAAGUUGAAUAUUGGAUCUCGCUUAUCAAGGUCUUGGUUGUCAUUGUCUUUAUUAUCGUUGGUCUCUGUGUCGAUACAGGUCUAGGCGGUACUUACUAUGGUGUCAGUAACUUCCAUUUAGAAGGUGGUGCUUUCCCCUUUGGAUUCUUGGGUGUCUUUAACGUCUUCCUUUCAGCUGCCUUUGCUUUUAACGGUGUUGAACUCUUUGGUAUCACUGCUGGUGAAUCUGCUAACCCUCACAAGACAGUUCCUCUUGCUGUGAAGCAAAUCUUUUUCCGUAUUGUCUUGUUCUACUUCCUUUCUAUCCUUGUAAUUGCUCUUGUGAUUCCUUACACAGAUCCUGACCUCUUGCACGGUUCUAGUGAUGUUGCUGUCUCUCCCUUUACACUUGUGUUCCAAAAAGCAGGCGCUCCUUGGGCUGCUGACUUUAUGAACGCCAUUAUCUUGAUCACCAUGAUUUCUGCUGGUAACUCAGGUGUCUACUCUUCCUCGCGUACCCUUUUGGCUUUGGCCGACGAUGGCUAUGCUCCUCGCUUUGUGAAACGUGUGAAUCGAUGGGGUAUUCCUAUUUGGUCUGUGUUGGCUACUUGUCUUAUCGGCUGUAUUGCUUUCUUGACUUCCUUUAUUGGUUCUGGUAUUGUGUUCACUUGGCUACAAGACUUGACUGCCUUGGCUGGUCUGAUUACUUGGAUUGCUAUCUCUAUCACCCACAUUCGUUUCCGUCAAGGCUACCUUGCACAAGGUCGUUCCUUGACGGCUCUUCCCUACGUGGCUCCUCUUUUCCCUUACGCCGAUAUUUUCGUGAUUGUGAUCUGUACGAUUGUUGUGUUUGGUCAAGGCUAUUCUGUUUUUAUUCCACCUGUGACACCUUCUGGUUUCUUUGGUAGUUACAUCGGUUUGAUCUUGGGUAUCUUGCUCUAUGUAGGUCACCGAGCUUGGUUCCGUCCUCCUUUUGUGAAGAACAUUGACAUGGACUUUGAAAGUGGUACUUUCCAUGCUUCUGUGAUGGAUAUUCGUGAAAAUGACAAUUUAGAUGAAAACGGAAAGCCUUUGACGAAAUGGCAAGUCUUUAGAAACCGCAUCAUUGCUGUUGUUGCUUAGAAGAAACACAUUGAUUCCCCCUUUCCUCUUGUUGUAAAUAAUCAUUUUACGUUUCCAGUUAAUCUUUUUUUUUUUAUUACUAUUAAAUCACAUUUCUCGGUUACACAUAAAUAUACCCUUUUAUGUAUAUUUAACUUCCACGAUACGUAGUGUAAGAAUAAGGACUAAUCAAUAAAGGAAUAUGAUAAUGUUGUUCAGGAUUUGCCAAUUCAAAUACAAUCUGUACAUGUCAAUAAAAGGAAUGACUUGAAC